CUUUUGCAAACCAAACAGAUUAUGUUCAUUUUUUUUCUUUUAAGCAGUACUUUAAAAUUAAAUUUGUUAUUGCAAUUAAUCAGUCACUCCAUUUACACAUAGAAAAAACAGGCAAAAUGUGUUUAAGACAGUCUUCAUGUUUGUUAUUUUCUUCAGAGACAUUGCAUCUAAGAUAAGAAUAAAAUAACUUUUUUUUAAGUCUAUGAAUCAAUAAUCAGGUUUUUUGAACACAUUUUUUAUUUCAAAUUGUCCCACUUUGAACAUUUCAGACUGAAUCUUUUGGAUUUUGUUUGGGCAUUUGGAGAAACACACACAUGGGUUAAAACAGCACUGACUUUAACAGUGUUUUCCUAUGGCAGGAGUGUGUUCCCUGGGUGUUUGCGCCAUCGGCACAACCUAUUUUUGUGCAGCAUUCCAGUAAGCUAACUUGACCAACCAAAUACAGGGUUGCAAAGCAAACAAGGUCAGGUUACCUUUAAAUGCUUUCGAGAUUAACAAAUUAAUAUUUAGGAUGACUGCUGCUGUCUGUCACUUGACUUUUAUGUUUUUCUCAUUUAAACGUGUGAUAGUUUAGAUCAACACCCCAUCAACAAUUAAAUAAAAUAGCUCGAAUCAAACCUGUUAGGGAUAAAAUCCAGAUACUGUGUCUCUUUUCUAUUUAUAUCCUCUACCUUGCUCUUGAUUUGAUAGUUUUUCUUCUUUCAUUACACUCACUGGUUCAUUUAACAACCCUAUCAAAUAGCAAAGGGUCAUCAUAACAUAACUGUAAUUCAAGAACCAGUGUGAGCAAAUAUUCCAGCAACAUCUUGCUUUUUUCUGUUAUGCACCACUUUAUAUCAAUUGCACUGAUCUGUAGAUUCAAUCUUUUAAAUGUAAAGACAGUUUUUUAUUUUUAUUUUAGAGAGGUGUUUAUUGGUGAAAGGGCAAUGAUCCCUGGCAUUACUUCGUGUGGCAUUACACUGGACAUGUAUUUGAGAUCUGAAGCAUUAACAGUUAUUCAUGAGGUUAACGUUGUAGCUUGAUGUGGGAGGGGCAUUAGAGCCUGCCUUACCAUCAAAGCCCUGGGAGAAAGAAUGGCCACCAGACAUGCUCAUUCUGAAGAUGACCUUUCCUGCCCAAUUUGUGGACAUAUUCUGAGACAGCCAGUGGUCUUAACCUGCAGGCACAGAUUCUGUAAGGCCUGUCUACAAGACAGCUGGGACACACAAGACCACAAAGAUUUCCACUGCUGCCCUCUGUGCUGGCGUCGUUCUUCAAUGGAUCAAAUUGUGAUAAACACUGUGCUAGAGAGGACCUGUGAAUCCUUCAAAGAUGACAGAAGCAGGAAUGACCUAAAAUCUUGUAAAGAGCAUGGAGAAUACUUCACACUCUUCUGUUUGGAGGAUUUGGAACCCAUUUGUGGUCUUUGUGGCAAAGCAGCUGCACACAAGGGGCACAGACUCUAUCCCAUUGCAGAAGGUGCCCAUGACUGUAAGGAGGAGCUGAAGAGUGCACUUCUGCCCUUGAAAGAGAAGCUACAGCUGUACAAGAACGCAACAAUAGCAUGUGAGGAAAUGGCUGAACAUGUAAAGAACCAAGCUAAACACACUGAAGCACAGAUCAAAGAGGAAUUUGAAGCUCUUCACAGUUUCCUCAAAGAGCAGGAGGCUGCUAGACUUCUGGAUUUAAAGGCUGAGCAGGAUCAGAAGAAUCUAAUGAUUGAUCAAAAGAUUGAGGAGAUGAGCAAUGAAAUGGCAUCUCUUUCUAACAUUAUCAGAAUAGCGGAACAAGAAAUGAAAAGUCAAGAUAUCUCAUUUCUAAAGAAUUACAAAGAGACAAUCAGAAGAACGUGGAAAACUUCUCCUGGUCCACACAUGAUGUCUGGAGCUCUAAUUGAUGUGGCCAAGCACUUGGGCUCUCUGAAAUACAAAGUGUGGGAGAAGAUGAAAAAAAUUGUUAAAUAUUCUCCAGUGAUUCUGGAUCCCAACACAGCAGCAAGCUGUUUCAUCCUCUCUGAAGAUCUCACAGUUGUGCAGAACUCUACCCAGAUCUUCAAGCUGCCAGACAACCCGGAGCGCUUUGAUAUUAGUGCAGAGAUGCUUGCUGCUGAAGGCUACGCUUCUGGGCGUCACAGCUGGGACGUGGAGGUGAACGACAACACCUACUGGGUUUUAGGAAUAGCCAGCGAGUCGAUCAACAGAAAGGGUAAACAUGUGCUGACACCAGCAGAGGGAUUCUGGACUAUAAGAUAUCGGAAUGGAGAGCACAAAGCAUGUACAGCACCCUGGGAGCCACUCAACAUGUCUAAGAAGCCACAUGUGAUAAGAAUGGUUUUGGACAUGGACAGAGGAAGGGUGACAUUUUAUGACCCCAGAGAGAGAACACCCCUCUACACCUUCACAAAUAUCAUCACACCCAGAGCCUUUCCUUAUUUUUGUACUGCCUGUAAAGAGCAUCCAGUGAAAAUCCUACCAGAAAGAAUAACUUUGUCAACGGAGCAAUAACUCAUCUUGAAGACAGUGUUCAAACUAAUUUUCCAUAUAAAAUUCUAUCAAAUGCUA